CGCUCCCCGUCCGACCCCGCGGCGGUGGCAAGCAACCUCUUUCCUUUCUCCCCGCUGCCUUUCCUUCCCUUCGCUCCGCUCCCCGCACGCGCAGCGCACUAAGCCUCCCACUCGCCCACCCGCACCAACCCUAGCCAGCGCGGCGCGCGGCGGCGAUGUCGACGGACUCCGACUCCUCGCGCGGCGGCAGCUUCCGCGAGAUCACCCGGGACCGUUUAUUAAAUGAAAUGUUAAGAUCAACUAGGCAGAACAAAGGAUCACCAUGGAAGGUUCUUAUCAUGGAUAAACUUACUGUCAAGAUCAUGUCAUCUUCGUGCAAGAUGGGAGAUAUAACAGAACAAGGAGUUUCAUUGGUUGAGGACCUAUACAAACGGAGGCAGCCGUUACCAUCAAUGGAGGCAAUUUAUUUCAUGCAACCUACGAAACAAAAUAUUGACAUAUUUAUGUCCAACAUGUCUGGGAAGCGUCCAUUGUACAAGAAAGCCUAUAUAUUUUUCAGUUCUCCCAUACAGAAAGAAUGGGUGGCUCAUAUAAGAAAAGAUUCAAGUGUUUUAGCACGCGUUGGUGCACUCAGUGAGAUGAAUCUGGAAUACUUCGCUAUUGAUAGCCAGGGCUUUGUAACUGACCAUGACAAGGCUCUAGAAGAGCUUUUCACAGAAAAUGCAGAAGGCUCAAUGAACUAUAAUUCAUGCAUUAACACGAUGGCCACUCGCAUUGCUACUGUAUUUGCAUCAAUGAAGGAAUUUCCUCGUGUGCACUAUCGUGUCGCUAGGACGAUUGAUGCUUCUACUUUGACAACUCUACGAGAUUUAGUGCCCACAAAGUUGGCAGCUUCUGUGUGGAAUUGCCUGGCGAGAUAUAAAUCAAUAAUACCUGAAUUUCCUCAGACAGAAACAUGUGAAUUACUUAUUGUAGAUCGUUCAAUAGACCAGAUCGCCCCUGUUAUUCAUGAAUGGACCUAUGAUGCCAUGUGUCAUGAUCUACUGUCCAUGGAUGGUAACAAAUAUGUGCAAGAGGUGCCAAACAAGAGUGGAUCAGGCACUGAGAAAAAAGAGGUUUUAUUGGAAGAUCAUGAUCCCAUAUGGUUUGAGCUUCGUGAUGUACAUGUAGCGGAUGCUAAUUUAAGACUGCAUGAGAAGAUGAGAGAUUUUAUAUCUAAAAAUAAAGCAGCUCAACUACACCAAGCAAGGACCAAUGGAGAGUUAUCAACAAAAGAAUUGCAAAAAAUGGUCCAAGCUCUUCCACAAUACACUGAUCAAAUUGAUAAGCUUUCCCUCCAUGUCGAGAUUGCAGAAAAGCUCUUUGACAUAAUCAAAGAACAGCAUUUGAAAGAUGUUGGCCAGCUCGAGCAAGAUCUCGUGUUUGGUGAUGCUGGCUCGAAAGAACUAAUCGAUUUCUUUAGGACACAUCAGGAUAUAAGUCGUGAAAACAAGCUGCGUUUACUAAUGAUUUAUGCUGCAAUUAAUCCAGAGAAGAUCCAGAGUGAGAAGGGAGCAAAGCUGAUGCAGCUGGCCGGAUUAUCUGCUGAUGAUAUGAUCGCAGUGAAUAAUAUGCGCUGCAUAUGUGCUCAUGAAACUAAAAAGUCUUCAAAAGGUGGUUUUCCUCUGAAAUUUGAAAUACGUAAGAAAAAACGUGGUAUCAGAAAAGAACGAAUAGGGGAAGAAUCAACAUGGACGUUGUCCAGGUUUUAUCCCAUCCUGGAGGAUUUGAUUGAGAAACUCAGUAAAGGAGAGCUUCCGAAAGAUGAGUACCAUUGUAUGAGUGACCCUAGUUCUAGCUUCCGGGGGAUCUCAAGCAGCAUGUCCGCUCGAACAAGCCCAGCUCAUCAACCAGCUCAAUCCAUGAGAUCUAGACGGACAGGUGGCACAUGGGCUAGACCUCGCAACUCCGACGAUGGCUAUUCAAGCGAUUCUGUACUGAAGCAUGCGUCAAGUGAUAUGAGAAAGUUGGGUCGGCGUUUGUUUAUCUUUGUUGUUGGGGGUGCUACCCGGUCCGAGUUACGCGCUGUUCACAAGCUGUCAUUGAAACUGAAGAGAGAAAUUAUCCUUGGCUCCUCCAGUCUUGAUGAUCCAGCCAAAUUCAUCACGAAACUGAAGAUGAUGUCGAAUGAGGAGCUGUCACUGGACGAUCUGCAAAUAUAACAAUAGGAGGGACGCAUCGGUUGUAAUUAUCUACUGAUUUAUCAGUCUCGGAUAUAGGUGUAGCUGAGCAUUGGACGGACCGGAAGUUCGCUUCUCACACAGUCUAGAGGGGCAUGCUGUAGGGCGGCCCUCCUUUUGGUAUCUCGUAAUCUAGUGUGUACAUAAACAUUGGCUAGCAGCUGUAGCGUGUCUGAUGACUUUUUUUGGACCAAUGGAAGGAGGUGUUCAUCAUUGUGUAUUGUCGGGAUGCGUUGAGAAUGUGUAACGAGAGACGUCUUCUUUUUCUUGA